AUGGCGGCGGCAGCGGUCGACAGCGCGAUGGAGGUGGUGCCGGCGCUGGCGGAGGAGGCCGCGCCCGAGGCGGCGGGCCUCAGCUGCCUCGUCAACCUGCCCGGCGAGGUGCUGGAGUACAUCCUGUGCAGCGGCUCGCUGACGGCCGCCGACAUCGGCCGCGUCUCCAGCACCUGCCGGCGGCUGCGCGAGCUGUGCCAGAGUAGCGGGAAGGUGUGGAAGGAGCAGUUCCGGGUGAGGUGGCCUUCCCUUAUGAAACACUACAGCCCCACCGACUACGUCAAUUGGUUGGAGGAGUAUAAAGUUCGGCAGAAAGCUGGGUUAGAAGCCCGGAAGAUUGUAGCCUCCUUCUCAAAGAGGUUCUUUUCAGAGCACGUCCCUUGUAAUGGUUUUAGUGACAUAGAGAAUCUUGAGGGACCAGAGAUAUUUUUUGAGGAUGAACUGGUGUGUAUCCUAAAUAUGGAAGGAAGAAAAGCUCUGACUUGGAAGUACUACGCUAAAAAAAUUCUUUACUACCUACGCCAACAGAAAAUUUUAAAUAACCUAAAGGCAUUUCUUCAGCAGCCCGAUGACUAUGAAUCGUACCUUGAAGGCGCUGUAUAUAUUGACCAGUACUGCAACCCUCUCUCUGACAUCAGCCUCAAAGAUAUCCAGGCCCAGAUUGACAACAUCGUAGAGCUGGUCUGCAAAACCCUCCGGGGCAUGAACAGUCGCCACCCCAGCUUGGCCUUCAAGGCAGGUGAAUCCUCCAUGAUAAUGGAGAUAGAACUCCAGAGCCAGGUGCUGGACGCCAUGAACUACGUCCUUUAUGACCAGCUGAAGUUUAAGGGGAACCGGAUGGAUUACUAUAAUGCCCUAAACUUAUACAUGCACCAGGUUUUGAUUCGAAGAACAGGAAUUCCGAUCAGCAUGUCUCUGCUCUACUUGACAAUUGCCCGGCAGUUGGGGGUCCCACUGGAACCUGUCAACUUCCCCAGUCACUUCUUGUUAAGGUGGUGCCAAGGUGCAGAAGGGGCGACCCUGGACAUCUUUGACUACAUCUACAUAGACGCUUUUGGGAAAGGGAAGCAGCUGACAGUGAAAGAGUGUGAAUACCUGAUCGGCCAGCACGUGACGGCAGCACUGUACGGGGUGGUCAACGUGAAGAAGGUGUUACAGCGAAUGGUGGGAAACCUUUUAAGCCUGGGAAAGCGGGAAGGCAUCGACCAGUCUUACCAACUCCUGCGAGACUCCCUGGAUCUGUACCUGGCGAUGUACCCGGACCAGGUGCAGCUUCUCCUCCUGCAAGCCAGGCUCUAUUUCCACCUGGGCAUCUGGCCAGAGAAGUCUUUCUGUCUUGUCUUGAAGGUGCUUGACAUCCUCCAGCACAUUCAAACCCUAGACCCCGGGCAGCACGGGGCGGUGGGCUAUCUGGUGCAGCACACGUUAGAGCACAUCGAGCGCAAGAAGGAGGAGGUGGGUGUGGAGGUGAAGCUGCGCUCCCACGAGAAGCACAGAGACGUCUGCUACUCCAUUGGGCUCAUUAUGAAGCAUAAGAGGUAUGGCUAUAACUGUGUGAUCUAUGGCUGGGACCCUACCUGCAUGAUGGGACACGAAUGGAUCCGAAACAUGAACGUCCACAGCCUGCCUCAUGGCCAUCAUCAGCCUUUCUAUAAUGUUCUGGUGGAGGAUGGUUCUUGUAGAUAUGCAGCCCAAGAAAACCUGGAAUAUAACGUGGAGCCUCAAGAAAUCUCACACCCUGACGUGGGACGCUAUUUCUCAGAGUUUACCGGCACUCACUACAUCCCGAACGCGGAGCUAGAAAUCCGGUACCCGGAGGACCUGGAGUCUGUGUAUGAAACGGUGCAGAAUAUUUACAGUGCGAAGAAGGAGGACAUAGAGUAGCGUCCAGUAGAGGACACCGAGCCUUUGCCGCUGCCGCUGUCUCCAGGAGAACAGGAUUCCGGAAUAAGACGUCUCCACGGAUCCCUCUGGAUUCACACCACCAGGAAAGCACCUAACCAGUAGCGCUGGUUGCCUCCCACCGAGUUUAAACAACGUGUGCUCUCCUCCAGCUGCAAAGACAAUGUCGCUCUCCGCCUACACUAGUGAAUUCAUUUGACGGCACUGUGUUCAGUGGCAUGGCUUGUGUGCUUGUCCUGUGGUGACAGUUUGUGACACUCUGUCUUCAUGAGGCCUCACAGUCGACACUCGUAGAAUCAUCCUUCCCGCCCACUUCCCGUUACGUCUGUCUACACUCGUCUCCGACCGUUUCAUUUGCCGGACGGAUGGGGUUCCAUGUUUGCACCGGUUCCCUUCUGGUUUCGCCGUGGAGCGCGCGCGGCCCGGAGUCGGGACCGCUGGUCUUUUCGCCCUGCGUGUAGUUGCUUCUUCAGAGGCGAGGCUGCGAGCGACGGCAGCAGUAUCCGAGCGGCGGGGACGCGAACACGCGGAUUGGUCAUCAGAACCGUUCGGCUUUAUUUGUUCCAAUACGUGAAACAGAUUUCAGCCGCUUUAUCUCUUCCUUUAUUUGAAGCGGGAGCACGGCAGAGCGUUGCCCGCCACGUUCCUCCCAGGUCCGUGCUCCUGUCUGCGAAUCCCCAGUUUUCUGUUUUCUUACGUGAAAUCUUGUGAGAAAGUGCACCGUAAUGGCCUUUAUGGAUGGAUUUUCCCACAUUCGUCUACUCUCCUUCCCUUUGAAAUAACUACUUUUUUCUCUCCUUUAAUUUUAAAAAUUAUUCCGGUAUCAUAAAUAGAUCUUAAGUCAGUGAUGGGUUCUCUUUAUAGUAGGAAGUACAAUCUGGUGUUAGAAUGUUCACUUUUAGAAACCACACUCCGUGGUCUCCAAAGACCUAAAGGAGGUUUCACUUUUGUAAUCAGAAAAAAAGAAAUACUGAACCUUAUGCAUUUUUUAAAGAGGAAAGAGGAGGGUCCGUGUCCCCCGUCAUCCCUUAGAAUCACUCUUCGACCCUGCCGGCUGUGGCAGGGUGGACGCAGGUAAAACGUCUUUAACCUGAGGAGUGUCGAUCCGUGGGGAAGGAGGCGGGAGCGCCCUGCUUUCUCGAGUCCCCGCUGCCCUGAAGGUCCCACUGGCUCCCGCCCCCCACCCUUGGUCCCUGAGCUCAGGGGCACCGAGGCCCUCACAGCCCCGAGCGCCCGCCACUCUCGACCUGCCAGUUCUCAUGAGAGCUAGCUAAUUCGUAGUUAACCAGUAGAAGCUACCUUCGGGAGUUAGGACCUAGUUACUCUCUGAGUUGCAAAGAAUCCAGUCGCUCUGGUGAGCGAGGCUUCGGGGGCUGUGAUCCGACCCCGCCUCGCCACCCUUCUGUGCAUUUGCAUGUGGUUCCCCACACCCUGUUUGAUGACUGCCUCAUUUCCCCCUUUGGAAGCCCUGGGAUGACCGAGGUUUGGGGAGGCCACCCGAGACCACUUAGUCACUGACGGCUGGUGAGCAGUUAUUAGAAAGAGGCGAGGGUCUGGCGGCCCCUGCCAGCCCCAGCUCGCUGUCGCCAGUCAGAUCCAGAGCCUGAUGGUUUCGAUCGGCCUGGGAAAUGUGACCACUCACAGCACCCAGCCCGCCGAGGCCGGGGGUCUUACACUACUCUCGUUUGAAGGUGGGAACUAGUUAAUCCAGAGGUAAUACUAACCAGAUGCAUUACUAAGAAACUGUGGAGCAUGCUGAGUUGUAAUUGUUGGUUUUCUGGUUUGAUUUCCUUUUUCCUUAGAGUAACAUCAAAGCCAAGAAGGAUGGUUUUACCUUUACUGACCCAAUGUAAAUAUGUAUCUAGACCGUUUUUAAAUGUGUUUCUUCAUGAAUGCUUCAUUUGGCUCCAGGAAGCCUGUGUCACCUGUGUAAGUUGGUAUUUGGGCACUUUAUAUUUUUCUAAAAACGUGUUUUGGAUCUCCUGUACUCUAAUAAAUCAUAAGUUUCUUUUUAAAAUUUUUUCCAAAAGUUUUCUCCAUUUUAAGAAGUCCUGUUAUAACAAAGUAGGACUUUCACAAUGUUAAAAUACUAACUAUUUGGAUAGAGUGACUUCUUUUCUCUUCAAAUGAAUGCCAAGAUUUUUUUGUACAAUGAUUAAUAAAUGGAACUUACCCAGAGAAUCCACACAAGCGGCCUGCCCGGUCUCGUUUCGGAACAGAAAGCCCAGCCUUGACGGCAACAGAACGUCUCUGGCUUCUCUUCUGAUCCAAACAUGCAAAACUUGGCUCUACUGAAUUUUUCUUAACGUUGGUGAGUGAACAGGGUACUUUGUUCUGCGGGUUCCUUGCCAAACAGCAGUUUUAGAAGCUGGCUAGGAGUAUUGAGGGCACCUGGUUACAAUGCGAACAUUGCAGCUUUUUGCUGCUGUUAGAGUACUCGUUCAAAAGGAGAAGGGCAGGUGCCCGGUGCGUUGUUAACGAGGUGACAGCUGCAUGACGUUCCACGUGUCCACAACGCCCUGCAGAGCACGCACUGUCCGUGAUGCCCCCGCGUGCCGUGCCGUGCGGAGCGCAGCGGUCAGGGGCCACACGGUCGCCGGUUUCCUGCACCGCGGUGGUCCCAGACCUUUAACGUCCUGUUGUGCGUUGUGACUUCAUGAGAGCACAGUGUACUGUGCUGUGUCUUCCCUGCUUAGACCCUAGAACUUUCCUCUGCCACACGGACGGACACACACACACAGCAUCCCCGAGGUCCAGGGUUUGCAGACGUGCUUUGGGAAACACUGUGUGUGUCCAAAACUAGUCCACCGUAUCCUCAGGCUAGUUUGGCCAGGCGUCUCUCUCUCUCUCUCUCUCUCUCUCUCUCUCUCUCUCUCUCUCUCUCGUUUGAAAACUUUGGUCUAAUCCGAUUUUGAAAGGCUGGCUUCACGUUGUCUCCACCUGGACCUCAUGGUAGCUUCUCCAUCAUAAGUGAAUUUCCACCGCAGAGUUGUUUUUCGCCGAAACCAGCAUUCGUACUGUUGCUAAAUCGGUUUUGCAUUUUACAGUACCUACUUAAGGACUUGUUCUCAUUUUAAAAUGUCUCUUUCUUAACACAUGAAAUGGAGUCAAACGCUCACGUUCUAGGCUCUCUUCUACCGCUAGAAGGGAAAAUAACUUGUUUUCCUUUCUCCAUAUUCCAAGUACAUAAAACUGGAUUACCAGCAGCUUUUUAAUUUGACAAGUAACCUGUGGCCAUAAUAAUCCAGAUGUAGCUCUUUAUGUGUUUCUGUCUGUUUUCUGGAGGAAAGGAGUGAAUGUUCACCCAGACGAAAUGCAGAAUCUGGCCCUGUGACCGUUUAUUUCUGGAGACGUCGAUGGUUGUGGUGCAUGUGUUAUUUUGUAUCGCAAGCUUACUUUGAGCCAGCACUGGCCUCACCUAUAUUCUUCACGGCAACCCUCUAAGGCAGGGCCGGGCGGUCGAUUAUUGUUGCGGGCCACUUAAGGUCACGUGUUCUUUGUUUUCGAAAACGUAGAAGACCUUCUCAGCUCGAGGGCUGUAAAGAAAACGGGCUCUGGGCUGGUCUGGCCCGUGGGCCACAGUCUGCCGAGCUCAGCCAAGGUGCGGGCCCCGCCAGCGUCCCACCGAGCAGACGGGGAGCCGGAGCGCACUGCGCGCAGGUGGGACAGCGGGCGGGGGACCCGGGGACCCGACCUCCGAGCGCCAGCUCUUGACUACCACACUACCGCCAACUUUAGCAACUACCUCGCACUGGUUUUAUCCUUUGCAGCCACUUUAACUUCUAAACGUUUCAGUUCUGAACACUUAGAGUCUUGAGAGGAAAGGACAUUCCUUCGGUGAAUAAAAUUCUGUGCAAUUAUAGAAUAAAUGUAUUAUGGCCAUUUAGCGAUGAUUGUAUUAGGGUAAUGCUAGUUCUGUAAUAAAUAGACCCAAAAAUA